AUGACAGGUUCAAACACCGCAUACUCUGGAGGACUGAUCAUUGUCACCGAGAUAAACUAUGUCACGCUCUAUCCCUCAAUGUCCGACUUUGCCUACCAGUACUACACUGUUCCGGAGCGGAACGGCAGCGUCUAUCUCUCGCUCAGAUCGCAGUCGUCGAUGACAACCAUGUCGGCAUUUCCUUCGAAUACUGCGGCUGCCGAGCACCAACUCAAGUCUGAUCAUAAAGCUUGGAACGAUCGUAUGGCCAGCCUCAGUCUAGCGGCCAUUAUUUUCAUGGUUCUACUUCUACUCAGCCUGAUGGUUUAUGCUAUUUACCAGCGGAUUCGCGGUAAGUGCCAUACCUGUCAGGAUAACGAGAGACAAAUUGAGAAGUACAAGAACGGUGAGCUCAAGCGAGUUUCUCCAGACAUGGUUAAGAGUCGCGGACUGGCCCAAAAUUCAUGCUAUGGGACGCCUCCCGAUCGGGAUGCAGAGUUAGGCGACCCUAAUGAAUCACCAAGCCCGGCCAAAGUGUCUUUUUGGGACCGUGUGAAGAGUGUGUUCAAGUCGAAGGUUCCAGAUAAUGACAACCAAAUCCUAUCCUCUGCUUCAGACAAGGAGCACACCAUCGGUGGUCGCCCAAUCUACACCGAAACAAAUAAAGACUUUGCCCAUCGCUCAUAUCUUCCAGCAGCACCCCCACCGCCACAAGCGAGGGACUACGACCCCGACUCGCAUCUGAAUUAUGCGUACUCACCUCCGUCGCCAAGCAUAUACUCACGACCUGGAGCAAGUGACGUGAGUCCACCACAGGAGCAGUACACAAGGGGUGACGCAUCUCAUGGUAAUAUCCCAGAUGACCAACAGCUAACAUCUUACUACGCUUACUUGGAGAAUGUUUGGGGUCAGCACAAGGACACCAAUAUUGCAGAGAACCAGACAUGCACACAGUAUCGGUCUCGCACGUAUGGCGGGUUACCCCACCCAGAAGAUUUUGACGACGUGUACUUCCGGGAUGGUCGUUGA